AUGAGUCAGUUUGUUCAGAGUCCACUUCCUGCUUUCACUUUGCCCUAUGUGAGUGUCCUAACAAGUUCAUUUUCUGUUUGGGAAUCACAUUCACAGUGUUUAAGAAACGGUGUGAAUAUAAGUGAACCGGAGUUCAGGACUGUGAUCCAUGAUAGUUCAUGGGAGGACAGAGGACAAUUCCAGGUAAUGGGACCAAGAACACCAGUCAUUGCCUUGGUUGGGGAAGAGGCUGUGGCUUCCUAUCACCUCAGCCCAUCAAUGGAUGCUCAGAACAUGGAAGUGAGAUUAUUCCAAAAUUAUCCUUCAGGCCUGGUGCAUCAAUAUAGGAAUUUCCAGGAUCAUUUGGAGCAGCAGGUGCCAGAGUACCAAGGGAGGACAGAAUUCCUGAAGGAGAAUAUUACCAAAGGUCAUGUUGCCUUAAGGAUCCAUCCCAUCCAACCUUCCGAUGGUGGGGAUUAUACAUAUUUCUUUGAAAGCUCCACUUUCUACAAUGAAGCAAAAUUCAAAUUAUUGGUCACAGUUCCAGGUACAGCUCCUCAUAUUCAUCUACAGCCUGGCAGUAAGAGGGGCAUUAAAUUGACCUGCAGAUCCAAGGGGUGGUUUCCAGAGCCUGAAGUACAAUGGAGGGAAUUUCAAGGAUUGCGCUUGGCACCAGCCUCUGAGACAAAGAGAAUAGAAGAAAAUGGGCUGUUUCAUGUGGAAUCAUCUAUCACAGUGAAUACAAGUUCAAGAGCAGAUGUGUCCUGUGUUAUAAGGAACCUAAUACUCAGUGUGGAGAAGGAGGUGCAUAUCUCCAUGACAGAAAAUGUUACCCGGGAUCCAGACACAGCUCACCCAUAUCUCCAAAUUGAUGAAGACAACAAAAGAGCAAAAGGAGGUGAUAUCUUUCAGGAACUAUCCAAAUGUAGGCAGCAGUUUGAGAAACUGGUGUGUGUAUUAGGUCAGCAAUGUUUUUUCAGAGGUAGACACUACUGGGAAGUGAGUGUGAAAAAUAAAAUAAAAUGGACUAUCGGUAUUUGUAAGGAUUCUGUCUGCAGACAGGGAGAAAUCAUGCUAUCCCCAGAGACUGGAUUCUGGACACUGUGCUUGAAGAGAAGUAAUGGCCACCAAGCUCUUGCAAAUCCAUGGAUAACACUCCACCUUGAGGAAUCUCCUGAGAUUAUUGGUAUCUUCCUGGACUAUGAGGCUGGAAGAGUCCCUUUCAUAAUGUGACCAACCUGUCUCAUAUCUACACCUAUAAAAACUGCUUCACAGAGGCGCUGAGGCCAUACUUUUGUC